CGGUAUAUCAUCUCCAAAAUUCUCAAAUCGCUAAUCUCCUUUUGUCAGUCCUCUCUCUCUGUGACGCCCCCAAAAUGCUGCGACAUGGUUCACGAUCCCUCUUCAACCGAGCUUCCGCCUCAUCCAUGAGGUGGCGCCGCCAGUUUUCUACCGAUCUACCUGCGGAGACUGCUGAAGACCCCAAGUUUGUGGAAUCAUGGAAGAAAAUGAAUCCGAAUAUGGACCCGCCGAAAACCCCAUCGGCCUACAUGAAGCCUCGACCACCCACCCCGGCCAACAUUCCGUCCAAGCUCACUGUCAAUUUGGUGCUUCCUUAUGAUUCUGUCUUAUCUUCCAAAGAGGUUGAUAUGGUCAUAGUACCAGCAACUACGGGACAAAUGGGUGUUUUACCUGGUCAUGUAGCUACAAUUGCGGAGCUAAAACCUGGGAUAUUAUCAGUUCAUGAAGGCAAUGAUGUGAUCAAAUAUUUCCUCAGCAGCGGGUUUGCUUUUGUCCAUGCAAACUCUGUUGCAGAUAUAAUUGCUAUUGAGGCCACACCUGUAGACCGCCUGGACCCAAAUUUGGUUCAGAAAGGCCUCGCAGAUUUUCAACAAAAGCUAAACACAGCAUCAACCGAUGUGGAGAAAGCUGAAGCACAAAUCGGCAUAGAUGUACACAGCGCUCUCAAUGCCGCCCUUACAGGUUAAAUUGAUCGAACUUUUAGAUCUCUGAGUUUUAUAUAAAGGGAUUUCUGAAUAAAUACUGGGUCUGAUGCAUUUCCCUUAACUUGUGAUCUGGUGGUUGUAGCCAUGAAACAAAUUUACAAUUGGAUGGUCUCAUUUUAUGGUCAUCUGUUGUAAUUUUAACUAUGUGAGUUUAUGUUGGAGCUUUUCUAUUUUGUGGUCAAUGAUACAAUAGAAUGUUGAUCAAAA